UAAGAAGUGAUUUAGUGGACUUGAAAUGAUGGUGUUUUUGCACAUCAUCAGUGUUAUAAUUUACACACAUUAGAGGAUAAUGUGAUAUAAUAUCUGGGGCAAACAAGAAAUAAUCAAGUAUUAUUUAAAAGUAUGUUGUUUUGUUUAUUUUUACUCCUCAUUGUUGGAUUAUUCCUGGUUUCUUUUCCUUUUAUUUUGCUGAUGUGGAAAUCAGACCCUUUUAUGGCCGUUUUCUAUCGUUUUAUAGUUAAACAUUUAUUCAUUUAGAACAGAGUGUAACGAUCACGUGUAGUACUGCGAAUAUCUGGCAACCAGUUGACAGAGAGAGCUUUAUUCUGAGCAGAGACACUAAACCGAGUCCGAUUAUUUACAGGGUUUCAGAUCAGAUCUCUGAAGCGGGAGGGAAAGUUUUAACAUUAGAUUUAACAGUAAAGCAGAGAGUAAACUCUGACCCCGCCGAGCUGCUGCUGGUGUUGAUGAAGAUGAAGAUGAAGAUGAAGAUGAAGAUGAUGUUGCUCUUCCUGUCUGUCCUGCUCUUCCUCUCUCAUUUCUCUGCCACUUUUCCUCUUAAAGGCUGCGUGUGUGAGCCUGUGGAGAACGCCGUCAACACCACACGACUCAUUAACACACUGUGGAUCAUCAGGAACAAACCCACGUCCUCGGUAAAUCUGACAUGUGUCUGUGUGUGUGAGUGCCGGCGUGUUGUUCAGCUCAACAUCAACGAUUCAGUGAUUGAGGUGAAGGAGAGCGAGCGAGAGGUGCUGGAGGACGAGUGUGUGAAGCUGGUGGAGGAUCUCAGCAGGAAGAAGGAAUCAGGAGACUUGUCUGUGUUGUCUGUUGUGACUCCGCUCGUAGGAGCUUCGAUCUUCAUCACUCUUCUUCUGCUCAGCUUCACAAUGUUUAAAAGACAAGAGUCUCAGGCUGGAGGUGUUUUAGGCUCUCUUAUUCAUUAUCCAGCUCACUCUCUGGAGAAGACGACGAAUCCGGGAACAUUUCUACCUCCAGAGACUAAAAUUCCCUACUGACACGGUGAAGAUCAUUUACAGCGUGUCCAGAUGAGAGCUCGUCUUGGAGAAGGAAAGGAUUUUUACUGCAACACACACACACACACACACACACACACACACACUUCUUCCAAGUGGCUCAAGAAUACACGGUGGUGUGUAACGCUUUCUUGCUGCACUGAAAGUCGUACAGGACUCAAAACAGCUGAAAUGCAAACUGAGAAUUCAUCAGUGUUCUUUACUACAGCAUUUUUCAUUCUAAGGCUCCAUUCCAAACAGACUCUGCUCUAACGCAACUUAUUUAGAACUGCAAGGGUCUUUCCUUCUUUUCUUUGUAGGGGAAGAACUCUCUAUUUCUUAUCUUUUUCAUCAAUAAGUUGAAGUUGAACUUUUCAGACUUGCAGUGUUUAUUUGUCUUGUUAACCGUAUUGUGGGAAAGUAAAUCAGUAUAAUGUAUUUAUUACUUUUUUCCCCUCUCUCAGACUCUCUGACUGCCACAAAUGUACACAACAUGAUGUAAUGUCCUGCACUUGUAAGAUAAGAUCGGUGAAUCAUUAAAGCACAAAGAAGGCUUUAUAAACAUUAUAAGCAUGAAUGAAUGCUAAACUAUACUCUGUCUGUUUUGAUUCCAUUAAAAAUUAAUGCUAAUUAUACACAUCAUUCACUGUUUUUUUUCUUGUUCAAAUUAUUUCAAAUGUAUUUUUUAUUUCCUUUUAAAACAAGUCUACACUAUAAUAUACUUAAUAUUUCUAAUAAAGCACUUUUCGAAAGAAACACUCAGAAUUUGUUUUUUUUUUAGAUAAACGAGUUAAUUUGGAGUAUUUCCAUAUUUAUUUGCAUAUUUUUGUAUUUUUUGCGACACUUGAAACAACACUGAAGACUGAAAUCGAUGAUCAAUGAGGAACUGG